AGAGGAGCAGCGUCGCUUCCUUGCAGGAUUUAUUUGUUUGUUGAAAAAUUUCUCUUUUGUUUUCCGUUCAAGAGCAGCGCGCUUUCCGAAUGCCGAAGACUCGUUCGGACGACCCUCCUCCACUCGCCAGGCUUUGCAUGUGUUGCUUUUGUCCUGCAGGAGAGAAGGCAGGCUUUGUGUUUUGGUGGAUCUAGAGCUGAAGGAGGCAGUGCCAGGCGCUGCUGCUGCUGCUGUGGGCUGGACCGGCCACGGAUGGGAAGGUGUCAGACUGCACUUAAACAGAGUGUUGGAUCCGUGAGGACAGCCAUGUGGAGACCUGUUACAGCUCCAUUGGAAGACACUUCAAGUGAUCUGCCAGUUUGUUUCCUCUAAAACGUGGGCUGAAGUUGGAAGAUUGGAUACUUUCCAAUUUGUCAGGAUUCAACUUUGGAUUUCUCUGCUUGUGGAUAUAUGCAUUUAUCCUUCUGGAUUCUCAUGUGGGUAUCGCACUUCAAGCAAAGUCACAUAACAUCAGCCGAUUUGGGAAUUUGGAUAAUUGCGCAUCUCUUUCUGGAGCACAGUCGUUGAGUUUUCCAUUGCAGGUGUUUGUUGGGAAUCGAGUUCUGCAUUCACCUCUGAGAGCCGCCUUCUAGGAAGUGUUCGGUCGAGUGUGUCAUCUGGUGAAAUGGAUGGCCCGCGGUGCAGCGGGAUCCGGAAAAAGCGCAAGUCUCGGUCGGUGCGCAACCGGGAGCGCAUAUCUAACGGGAUCAGGAAUAACCAUGUCCGGGGCUCCGUGCUUCGCUUCUCCUCAGAUUCUGAGAAGGAAGACGGCAGCACCAACCCCUCCUCUUCCUCACGACCCAGGCCACCGAGGAGGAAGAGGAAGGAGUCUUCAUCUGCUGAAGAGGACAUCAUUGAUGGGUUCUCAAUUGCGGGAUUUAUGACGUUGGAAGCUCUUGAGAAGGACAUGACACUUAAGCCCCACGAGCGGAGGCAGAACCAGGCAGGACCGCUGCGCAAGAAGAAGCCUGGCCGAGUGCCCAACGGACUGAGCCUGGACCUACACAAGGACCGACUCAACCACAAUAACCACCAGCACUCGGACCAGGAGAACAACCCUCGGCUGGCCAGGACUCACAGCAAGAAGAAGAAGAAACACCUGCAGAAGAAACACCGACCCCUGAAGCCAGGCCAGAACAACUGUAAAGACAGCGAUAGCGAGAGCGUCAGCGGCGAAUCCAAACCCUCCAUCCGAAGCAGCUCCAGAGACAGACUGACGGACUGUGACAGCGAGAGUGACCAAGAAGACAAGGGCUCAGAUGCCAGCUCAGAGAAACUCUUCAGCACAGCUGCAGUUAAAGUUCCAGAUUUUAGUGUUGACACACUCUCCACCAAUGCCAGCCAGGAGCUGCGAGGCCUGGGCAUUCCCAAGGUGUCAGGCCUAGAGCGCAGUCAAGAGAAGAGCCAGGAGACUUCCCGUGAAAUCUCCUCGGCCACCCCCCCACUGGUGCCCACUUCCCAUCCUAAACCUCCCCUCCCUGCCCCUCUUCAUCUCCAGCCACCCCCAUCCAGCAGGGGGUUAGCCUUGCCCUCGAGGCCAGCCCAAACCCAGAACCCCUGCCCAGAGCGCACACUAAGGCCACUGUCACCCUCUACUGCUCUGCCUCAAACCCAGGGUCACGAGCUCUCUCAGGCACCCCCGCAUCAGUCUCAGCACCCACCUGAAUCUCCAUCUCACCCAAAGCCACCUCGAACCCCAAGUAUCUACCACCACCCCCCAUCACCAGCGCUACCAGCCCAGCAGAACCCUACGCAACCCGUGCAGCACAGGCCACCCUCACGCUGCCACCAGCGCCCGAUUUCAGCCUACAGUGGCAGCCUUACGCUCAACGGCCUGAGCAGUAGUCGAAGCAGCACUCCGGGGAAGCCUCCGGGCCCAUCUCCAGCCCCUCAUCUGCACCAUCACCAACCUGCCCCCACCGGGGCGUCAGCCUCAUUCCCCCUGCCCCUGUCAGCGAACCCUACAGCUUCACACACCUUCCCCCCCUCCCUGCCAUCCUCCACUCUUCCUCAUCACACCAAUAUGUUUGCGUCGCCUGCUGCUCUGCCUCCACCUCCUCCUCUCACCUCAAACACUCUGCCGGUCCCCGGACAUCCAGCUGGGAGUGCCUACUCAGAACAAGACAUUCUCCGGCAGGAAUUAAACACUCGUUUCCUGGCAUCUCAGAGUGCUGAUCGUGGGGCAUCACUGGGUCCCCCUCCAUACUUGCGGACUGAGUUCCACCAGCACCAGCACCAGCACCAGCAUCAGCACCAGCACACACACCAACACACACACCAGCACACCUUCACCCCUUUCCCCCACGCCAUCAUGCCCACGCCUGCACCGCCCAUGGUGCGUACCCCAGCCAGAAAUUUCGAAAAAUACCCCACUAAAGUCGACCCUUUCUACAGGCACAGCCUGUUCCACUCUUACCCCCCAGCGGUGUCUGGCAUUCCGCCCGUCAUCCCACCGACGGGGCCCUUCGGAUCUCUGCAGGGAGCGUUCCAGCCCAAGACCUCAAACCCUCUCGACGUGGCAGCCAGACCUGGAGCUGUCCCACACACACUUCUUCAGAAAGACCCCCGGCUGACAGAUCCGUUCCGGCCGGUUCUCAGGAAACCAGGAAAGUGGUGUGCUAUGCAUGUUCAUAUAGCCUGGCAAAUUUACCACCACCAACAGAAAGUCAAGCAGCAGAUGCAGGUUGACCCACACAAACUGGACUUUGGCCUCAAACCAGAAUUCCUAAGUCGACCUCCAGGCCCCACUCUUUUUGGAGCCAUACAUCACCCUCAUGACUUGGCACGACCUGCAUCGCUUUUCUCAGCAGCAGGGUCCACGCAUCCCACAGCUGCACCUUUUGGACACCCUCCACAUCAUCCUAGCAACUUUCUUACUCCAGCACCUCAUUUAGAGCCCUUCAGCAGACCCCCUUCAUUUGGAGGUCUGGCCUCAUUAAGCACUGCAGCCUUUGGUGGUCUGGGAAAUCCAGCACUCGCAUCCAACUCUGUGUUUGGCCACAAAGAUUCACCCAGCGCACAACAGCACUUCAGCGGCCCUCACGAGCCAUGGAACAGACUCCAUCGCACACCACCAUCCUUCCCCACUCCACCGCCCUGGCUCAAACCUGGAGAAUCAGAGCGCAGUGCUUCAGUCAGCUCACAUGAGAGAGAACGAGAGCGGGACAGAGAGAGAGAGCGGGACCUGGACAAGAGGGACUCAUCAGUCAACAAGGACGACAAAGAACGGGAAUCUGUGGAGAAGAGGCACCAAAGUCACCAAUCCCCACUUCCUGUUAAUCCUCUCACUCUGCUGGGUCACACUCGGCCAUCUGAGCCAUCCCGAAACCACAUCACUUCCAGCGAGCCUAGGGACAAAGACAAGGACAAACCCAAAGAUCGGGAGAGAGAUCGAGAGCACUCAGACUGGAAAGACUCUAACACAGACGAACACAAGCUGAAGGAGAAUCAUCACAGUGACAAAGACACUCCUGUCAUCCAUGAUGGCCGCGUUUCUGAAGACAAACCAGCCAAUCGGAUUACAGCGUCACCCUACAUGCGGCCUGGCGGCAUGGACCGGGUGAACGGCGGCCUGACUCGAGACAUUCUGGAGAAAAAGGCUGAAAUCACUUAUGAGAAGAAAAGCAGUGAGGUAAAGGUAAAAGAAGAACGCAAAGAGGAACAGGAUGGUCCCACGGAGAGAUCGCCAGAGCAAAGAUCUACACCGCAAGCACCACCUCCUCCUCCUCCCCAUCCUCAUCCUCCUGCUGCUCUACACCCUCCUUCUUCAAUGCCAGUGCCCAUGGGCAUGGCCAGCAUGCACCCCAUAAACAGUAUCAGUAGUUUGGAGAGGACUCGUAUGGUGGCGCCCUUCAUGGGCAUCAGCCCCAUUCCAGGGGCAGAGAGGUUUCCCUAUCCUGCGUUUCACUGGGAUCCCAUGAGGGACCCUUACCGAGGACUGGACAUCCACCGGAGGGAUCCAUUAACUCGGGAACUUCUCCUACGGAAUGACCCUCUGCACCGGUUAGCAGCGCCUCGACUGUACGAAGCAGAGCGUUCAUACCGGGACCGCGAGCCUCAUGACUUUAACCGAGACCACCCUCACGGACUAAUCCUAGAACAGCGGCGGGAACAAGAGCGAGCGCACUUAGAGGAGAGGGAGCGCCUGCACCUGCUCCGAGAGGACUAUGAGCAGGGCCGUCUGCACCCCAUGCAUCACCCUGUUCUAGAUGGACAUCUCCCGCACCCCGGCCUCAUGGCCCCCGGACUUCCCAGCAUGCACUACCCUCGUGUAAGUCCUUCCUCUGCUGUGGCCGCCGCAGCCCAGAACGGCAUCCUCAACAAAACCCCUCCCACCGCAUCACUCAGUGCUCCGCCCCCUCUAAUCCCGACCCUGGGUGCACGCUCCUCGUCCCCCAGACGGACUACACCACUCGGGCCUGACAUCAGAGACAGACCCCCUUCACACACACACAAAGACAUCGAGGCCCGAUGAAACCUCAGAAGCGAGCACUUGAGGCUGUAUCAUAUCUGUGUAUAGACUGUGCGUUGGUUUCUGUGUUGCGUUUGCUUUUUGUACAAAAGACUGGGAUUUUACACGCUCUCUUAACCCUGUCUGCUCCUCCAUUGGUGUGUAUUCUUAAACAUGUACAGGACACUGAGCAAGUGGACAAGUGUAGAUCUCAAACACGGUCAAGGGGAUGUUUUUUGGAAUGUACAGGUACCUCAAUACAUUGUAGAUAUGUGCAAAGUUGGUGUGUUUCUCUGAUUGAGGAAAAAAAUGUAAGGUACAAAUAUGCAAAUGGGUGUUAUGAAAGCUUUACUUUGAAAUGCUGUACAUAAUGGGCAGUGAUCAAGAGGAGCGCAAGUGCACAGGCUCUGGUUUUAGUUUAAUGCUGCAUAUGAAUGGUUUAGUUCGAGAGACCACAUCCCUUCUUUCAACUAUGCAACUCAUGCGUGGGCUUUCUCUAUCAGUUUCUCUCUCUCUCCUAGAGGACUAGCGGUGGCAACUGGACCCCCUCAUUCUCCUGUCGCAGCAACACUACAUGCUUACCCAUCAGGCAGAUUCUCCCUAGAUAAGAGAGUUUGACUCAAUCAGACUCCUCAACUCUUGAUCUUCGAGCUAUACAAAUCUGUGUUGACAAUCCUUACAAAUCCACCAAUGUAUCAAGAACUUAAAAGCGAAAUCUUUAAAUGAAUGAAAUACCUCCAAGUCAAAUGUAUGGCAAUUUGAAAAAGAUGACAAACGUGACACCACAUCCCAUCGUGACUUAAAGACGGUGUGGAGUUUGAUGAUUCCCUCUUGGUCUAUCUGUAUUAAAGUGUUCUGUAUCUACACGAUGAUCAAGCCAGUCGUACGCUAUGGACAGUUUGUUUUUAAUGAGCAGAGAUCUAUUUUAGUAGUCCAUGGGAGGGAUAGUUGUGCGCUUUUAAACUCUGUGAAAUUCAGAUGUUGUGCAGUGUUUUUCUCUUCUUUUUUUCCUUUAAUUUCUCUCCUUGUUUUUGUUUUCUUCAAAUCGAACAUUAAAAUGUCCACUGAAGCAGUAGUGGGUAGUCAAUACGUAUUGCAAAGAGAUUGUAAGAAACUUUUUUGCUGUUUAUCAUGUACGUAAAUAAAAAAUGAAGUCCUUUCUAGAUCAUGUACAAAAAAAGGGUGAGGCGACAGCAUGCUCCUCAGUUAAACUUGUGUUAUGUAAAUUGUGCCAUGUUAUUAAAAAAUGUGAACUAA